AAAACUAAAAGUGCCUAUGACUCUGGACUCUCGGAACAGUAUUGCAGAGGAACUGUCCAUUUGGCCCACAAUGUCUGUAUUGUCUAUAUUGCCAAAGUAAACUAAAUCUUUUCUCCCUACACAUGGUACCCAUCCCUCCAUUACCUGUGUAUUCAAAUAUCCAACAGCCUCUUAAGAACCAUUAAUGUAUCUGCUUCCACCAUUACCUUUAGCAGCCUUUUCCAAGCAUCUGUUACUCUGUGUAUUUUUUUUAAAAAAAGCUAUUCUCAAAAGUGAAAGCUCUGGUGUCUAAACCACCAUUUAUUCCUCAUCCCACAUUACAAAAACAGAUUACCUAGUCGUGUCACCUGCCUGAUAUUUUCUAAAGAUAUUCACCUUAAAAAGUUAAAAGGAUUCAGAUGUGUGUAAUUAAAUUGGAGUUGAGUUAUUAAGAAACAAAAUUGUAAAGUUUUUUUUCUAUACAGUUGUAAUAAUAUGAACUUUAACACAUUGGCACUUUCUGACAAUGUGAUUAGAUUUUCUAUCUGCCCAAGUUCUUUCCCGUGAUCGUCAUACCUAAUUUGCAUACAAAUCGAAUAUUCACAUGUGCCAUUCCUGCUCGUACAUGCCUGAUUUUUUUUUAAUGGUGCAACCUUUAACUCAUGCUUCUUUUGGGAUGUAUCGGAGGCUGUUGCUUUAUGUUACUUUCAAACUCUGAUGGACAUCUUAAUUCCAGAUUUAUUGAGUUAGUUGAAUUUAAAUUCGUGCGUCUACUGAUGGUGAGAUUCAAGCUUCUGUCUUUGGAUCAGUGGUCUAAAACUAGCUGCUGGCCAACCAAUUUAACAGCAUAAUGUGGUAUUGUUAUUCCUGUGUAUGUGGGUCUGCCCUGUUCAGUCUAUCUUUUUGUGUUUGUGCCUCUCUGUGUGAGUGUGCAGGCAUCUUUGUCAAAUAGAAGCCAUAUUUGAAAUAUGGUAGAAGAAUAUGGUGCCUGAAAAGAAAGCCUUUCUGUAUUUUUAUAUUGGUUAAAAAUAAAUUUGUUUUUAGAGAAUUGUAAAUCAGUAAUAUUUCAUUGUCUGGAAUUGCAAAUCCAGUCUGCAUGUUACUUAAAUUUAGUUAGUGCUGCCCUAAAGGCAGAAACUUGUUUUUUUUUUGAAAACCAGAUACAUUGCAGAGAUUCCCACAGGCCUCAGUUUAUGGUAGCAGCCCAUGGCAAAAGCAAGAUUGGGAACCCCUGAUUUAAUAUGACUUUCUAGUCUUAGCUGUAUGUUUUAAACCAAAAUACCAGAUUUUUAGCUGUAGAACAAAUGUCUGUGAUCCAGAUUGUAGAGUAGGGAAUAAAAUUUUGAAGUCAUGUGAUCUGAAUACAAUGCUAUACAUUAUUCACUUCAUUGUCAAGUCCCAGUUUUUCAAGACUGCUUCAGCUAGUAAAACCAAGUCUGGUCUCUCCAGCUGAUGUUAUUAUAUUAUUUAAAUUCAAUGUCAUGUCCUCUUCUCUGAAUUUGUAAAAUUGGUAUUAAAAAUAGUUGUAUUAAAAUUAUAAUGUUACUUGCAUGACAUAGCUCAAAAAUUCAAAGUAAAUUUAUUUUCAAAAUACACAUAUGUAACCAUGUACUACCCUGAGAUUCAUUUUUAAAUCUUAUUUAUUUAGAGAGACAGAACGGAGUAAGCCUUUCCAGCCCCUUGAGCUAUGGCACCCAGGCAAACCCCUGACAAACCACAUUUAACCCUAACCUAAUCAUGGGACAAUUUACCUACCUGGUAUGUCUUUGGGCUGUGAAAGUAAAGCAAAGUACCCAGGGAAAACCGACACAUUUCGUGGGGGAGGAUGUGCAGAGGAUGCUGGAAUUGAACUCCAAGCUGUAAUAGUGUCGCUCUAACCACUACACUACCAUUUAUGUGGGUAUUCACAGUAAAUACAAAGAAACAAUAGAAUCCGUGAAAAUCCAUUUACAACAAAGCCAUCACACAAAAGUUUAUAUUCAUUUUAUUUGUUAUUUUAAUGUCAGUCUAUUUAGCACCAAAUGUUCAUGAAUUCUGAUUUUACUAAUAGACAUAACCGUCGUGAGGUUGAGAAUAAUUUUGUAUUGGGGUAAGUUCUGUUUGGAAGAUAAUUGGUUCAUUGAUUACUUUGUUCUGCAGCUUUUGUCAUUAAGUUUUCAUUAAAACAAAAAAUAUUUUCCUGAACUUGUUUUUUUUCCAUGAGUGAUAAUUUAGCUAGGAUAUAGAUUUUUGACAACUGGUUUUCUGAUGCUAUGAUCUACAAGUACCUGGGUGUGCACCUGGGUGACAGACUUGAGUGAAGCACCAACACAGAGGCUGUGUACAAGAAGGGCCAGAGUCACCUCUAUUUUCUCAGGAGACUGAGGUCCUUUGGAGUGUGCAGGUCUCUCCUUCACAUACUCUACCAGUCUGUUGUCGCCAGUACAGUAUCUAUGUGGUGGUGCCUUGUGUAUUUUUAGUUUUAUUUUAAAUUGAGGGCUUCUGCAGAGUGAGUUCCAAAUUCCCACCACUCUCAUUGGGGGAAAAUAUUACUUGUCAACACUCCGCUAAUCUUUGUCUAUUUUAUUCCUUUAAUGCAUGCUUAACUACCAAGAUCCACAUUAAUUGGCCUUUAGAAAGUUGGUUGUGGGUUAUCAAUUUGAACUGCAGCAGUCUUUCCAGUGCUCCCACACAGCUAUUGAGUAGUGUUUCAAGGUUUAGACCUAGCUUCCAUGAAAAAUAAUUAUAUUUUUUACAUUAGUAUAAGUCUGACUUGGAUUGAAAUCUGCACGUGGUAGUGCUUCUGUUUGCUACUAACUUUGUCCUUCAUCUAGUAGUGGUCAUGGGUUCAGUCAGAGUUGGCUUGGCAAAAAUUGUUUUACAUUUUAUAAUGUACAUAUGGUUGGAAUAAUGGAUAGAGCUACCUGUCUUCAAUUAUGUUAUGUUAUAAGAGAUGGUCAUCCUGGCAAGGAUUCCCUCAUACUCCCUUUUCUUGCUUUUAUGCAUUCUAGGGAAUUGAAGAGUGAGAUUGAUGCCAUAGGAUAAACUGCCUCUUAUCUGCAACAAUAUUUGGAUUUUUUUCUUAAAAGUAUAAAAUGAUGAAAACACUUGUGGAAGGCUGAGCAACAUCUGUGGAAGGAAAAUCAAUGUUUCAGCUCCAGGGCCCUUCAUCAGAAAAGCAUGAAAAAGUAUCCAUUUCUCCUUUCACAGAUGCUACCUUACCUCCAGAAUGUUUCCAAUAAUUGUUUUUAUUUUGGAUUUGCGGCUUCUGCAAUUAUUUUGAUUUUCAGCCACCUGUAUUUGUGGUUUGCUCAACUUUUUUUUGAUCAAUGUGACACACAGUAUUGAUUUGUACCACCAUUGAACGUCAAAGGAAGUGGCUAGACUUUCCAUUUCGAGAUCAUCAUUGCCUUCCACUUUCAUAUUGCAAGUGUUGUUUACCACUUCCCAGCCUAUGCCUGAAUACUAUCCACAUCUUGCUGCAUGUAGUCUUGACCUGCUCUUUUUGUGAGGCAUUCUAAUUAGAAUUGAAUAUAUAUAUAAAGGUGAAGUUGAUCUAUUUAUAUAGUUAAGUGUGUGGCUUUUGCUGUCUUGCUUUAGAAACUCUGCUAACAUCGGGGUCAGUGUUCUUUAUUUAGUUAAUGCUCCAGUGAUGCUUAUUAAAUAAUGUUGAGAAGUAAGUAGCUUUUGUAGUCCUGAAGUAACAUUUUAUUAUUUUUUAUCUAUAGAUGAAUGCACUGUGAUAGAACUACUGCCUUCAGGGUGGAACCUAAGAGAUAAGCUUGAAGAUAGAUCAACCUGCAGUGGCAUUGACAUUUUCUGAGAAACCAAUCUACUUUUCACCACUGACCAUGGCCAGCAAAAGGAAGUCUAAAAUUCCUUGUAUGGUCCCUGCAAACGAAAGUCUGGACCAGAACCAAGAUCUGGAUAUGAUUACCCAUGAUGAUGAUCUUCCUCCAGAUAUUUCUGAUGAGAGUUUGACAGCAGAUGGUGCUGUAGUUGAUGAUGAGACUAUUUCAGAAAAGGAAAUACAAGAUAAUCAAAUCAGGAAACUAGAAGGAGGCUAUGAAUGUAAAUAUUGUACUUUUGAAACCCAGGACUUAAAUAAAUUUACAGUACAUGUUGACUCAAAGCACCCAAAUGUUAUUCUCAAUCCAUCCUACUUCUGCGUGGAAUGUAAUUUUAUGACCAAAAAAUAUGAUACUCUUAAUGACCAUAAUGCUAGAUAUCAUUCAGGUGAAAUAAAUUUUAAACUUAAAAUGGUGAAGCACAAUAAUCAAACUGUCUUUGAACAGACUGUUGAAGAAUGCAACAGUAAUGGGAUUCCUACAAAUGAAGAUCUGGCAGAAAACACUGAAGCUGCUUUAACAGGAAUAUCAAUGAGUAAGACACCAAUCAUGAAGAUAAAAAAUAAAACUGAGACCAAAAGAAUCUCUCUGUCUCCAAGUUUGGUGGAUGAAUUCGCUGCUAGACAAGAAAACCAUGAUGAAUCUGUGGGAGGCACCAGUACCAGUGGACUUUGCAUUAAUCAAGAAACAAAUGGUGUAUUAAUUGAUUCAGCAGGUAUGAGUCAAUUAAUACCACCUCCAAAUUCUAAUUUAAUUCCAAAAGUUAUGAUUCCUUUAAACAGCAUUCCAACAUAUAACACUAAUAUGGAUGUAAAUACUCACCUAGUGAACUCCUUCAACAAAUUCCCCUAUCCUACACGUUCAGAAGUUGUAACACUAAAAACUCAGACAAAAUAUACAGAGGAACAAAUUAAAAUCUGGUUCACUGCCCAACGGCUUAAACAUGGUAUCAGCUGGACCCCAGAGGAGGUGGAAGAUGCCAAAAAAAAACUGUUUAAUGGAACUGUGCACACUAUACCACAAACAAUUACAGUCAUACCAGCACAGAUUUCAACAUCUAAUGGAUUGCAGCAAAUCCUCCAGCCUUGUCAGAUAGUUGGUCAGCCAGGCAUUGUCUUGGCACAAGUUACCAGUACAAAUGUGGUUGCUGGGAAUUCUCCUGUCACUGUCACUGUUGCUGGAGUUACAAAUCAAAUGCAGUGGCCAAAACGCAGAACACAGGUAAGUGAGGUAGGUCCUGAAGCAAAAAGGCCAAACAACUUGCAGCUUCCUCAACUUGCUUCACAAGGAGGUUCCCUUAACUCUGCCUCGGGCACUGAUCCCUACAGUGUCCGCCUCAAAAAGACAAAAGAGCAACUGACAGAGCUGAAGGCCAGCUUUAAUAGAAAUGCAUUUCCCAGCGAUGCAGAGAUAGCUAGAAUUAUACAAGUAACAGGUCUCUCACGAGGUGACAUCAAGAAGUGGUUCAGCGACACAAGGUAUAAUCACAGGAAUUCAAAAAGUAAUCAAAGCAUUAACGUUGCUGAAGUCAGUAACACCAUAAUUUUGGAUUCGGGUGAUGACACAGCUUCUGAAUCCCUUGUAAUAAAUCAGCAGCGCAAACAUGGGUGGCACGCCUUCCCGGAUUUUACUCCUCAGAAGUUUAAGGAGAAAAGUACAGAGCAGCUUCAAAUCCUUGAAGAAAGCUUUCUUUCUAAUCCAUUUCCCUCCGAUGAUGAGAUUAACAAGCUAAGGACUGACACAAAACUCACCAGGCGAGAGAUUGAUGUCUGGUUUUGUGAGAGAAGAAAAGUUAAAUAUUCAGAAGAUAAAAAUGAGAGUGGAAAAGUAAUCGAUGGGGAAGUUGAAGUCAAGCAUAAGGACUCUGAAGAAGGGCGCACCAAAUCACAUUAUGGGCAAGUUCAUGCUACGUCCUUGGCUAGUGGCUUAGCAAUACCAAAAGUAAUGUCUGGUGCUGCUAGUAGACUGUAUAAGAAAACUCCAGAGCAGCUACAUUUGCUUAAAAGUGCAUUUGUCCGCACACAAUGGCCAUCCCCUGAGGAAUAUGACCAAUUAGCUGCAGACAGUGGACUGGCCAGAACUGAUAUAGUAAGUUGGUUUGGAGAUACAAGGUAUGCUUGGAAAAAUGGUAACUUGAAAUGGUACUAUUAUUAUCAAAGUGGUAAUGUGGACAGUCAAAAUGGGCAAACCCACAUUUCCUUCAGAAAGUAUAAAGGUAGAGGUAGAUCAAGAGGUAGACCACGAGGAAGAGGAAGAUACAGAGGAAAUGGAAGGUCUCACAAUUGGAGUGAAACAACGUCGAACAAAACAUCUUUGGGACUUGCUGCUUCAGGUCAAAAUGUACUUGAACAAUACUAUUUGAAACACAAAUAUUUAAAUGAAGAGGACCUUGAUGAUCUUGUGGCAAGAUCACAUAUGAGUUAUGAAAGCAUCAGGGGAUGGUUUGUACAAAGGCAAACAGAAGGUGUUGUUUCAGAGAGCAAUAACUCAGAUGGACAAUACCCUGGUGAAGAUGAGAAAAAUGAGCCACUUGAAGAGGAUGAAGAUUGGGCUGCUGAAGAAAAUGAAGAUGAUGCCUCUGAUGGAAGUGGCAGCAGUGACGUGUGGAAGCCUCCUUCACAAAAACGAAAUGAAGUAACGGAAGCAGAUGAUGAAUUCUAAGUAACCUAUAAAAUGAACAGCAAAUAUAUGGAAGUCUUCAGUGGACACUUGGGAUAAAGAACCAAUUCAGAGAAUCCGCAAUUAUGGUUAUCUUCUUUGAGCUGCAAGAUUCUGUCCAUAAAGAAAUAUCCAUGCACAACACAUUUUAUUUCUCAGUAAAGUAAAGGCUUUUUAAAAUCACUUCCACAUUGCCAAAGUUUUAUUACUGCAGCAAAAAGGACUUUUGUACAUAGCUAUUGUUAUGGGUCAGAUUUGUACAGUUUGGGAUUUUACUACCUUUUUACUGAGGUUUAAUUUUUUGAGAUAUCUUUGAGCACAAUUUUUCUUUAGACUUGGCUACCAUAUUUUUCUCAUGCAGGCUCUUGACAUUGUCCGCAUAGUUUGCCACUGUGAUAUAGUAAUUUGCCUUCCUCAGAUACUGGCAGUGCAAGUAAAUCUUGAGCAAUCAAAUUAUAUUUCAGCAUUUAUUUAAAAUGCUGAUAACUGCUUGCCAGUAAAGAAGUAUAAACUCCUAUAUUUGUGACUUAAUUAUGCAUGGUGCAUUUGUAUAUGCAUUGGUAAAAUCAUCUGAUUAAUUUUAUGAUUUAAUCUUUCAUAGCUACUUGAAUUGACACUUAUUGUAGGUGUAGAUAAAACCAGCAGAAUUGUUUUCCAUAAUUACUUUCUUCAGAAGCCAUAUUCCAUUUGCUAGUAUUUUUCAGUAUCUUCUGCAAGUCAUUUUGUAUGCUGAAAUUAGGAAAAUGCUGCUUCUAUAUAUACAGUACUACAUUUAUAUAAUAUAUAUAGUAUUUAAAUAUUAUAAACAUUAAGGGGGUUGCAAACUGUGGUUUGAAGAAAAUCAAUGUUCAGUUCUAAUUUUUCACGCUAUUUAUUGUAUUUUUGAGUAUGUGUACUGUGAGAAUAAACAUUCAAGUUGAUUAGUAUGCUUUUAUUUUUAGUUAGCAAUUCAGCACCAUAGUUGUUUGCAGUUAGUUUUACUUGUGAAAAAGUGACCAGUUGUGCUCAUUCAUUUUAUUACUUAUAGUUUAGAUUACUUUCUGAAAGUUUUAUGAAAACUAUAAAGCACUAAUGGUGAAUUAACCCAGUCAAUAUGUACUUAGUUUUAGAUACUUUCUACUUCUAUAGAAAAUGUUGAUCUCAAUACAGAUUUUAAUCAUGGUUACAGUAAUGGCUGGUGACUGCACAGUUUUAUUAUGCAAAAGGAAUUUUGCAUGGUUAUUAUACAAGUACUGUAUACUAGAUUCUUCAAUUUGAUCAUUAUUAGAUUAUAACUUUGGCUGUCUAACUUCCAUUGGCACACUCAAGUCAUAGAAGUAUUUGGACUUGUAUUAGUAAUUCCCAAAAGCAAUUUAAGUUUUUCCCCUUGACAGUUUUGAAUACUUAUGAAAGAUUAUGGCAAAGUAUGAUGUCUAAAUUUUCCAUAAAAAUAGACAUUAUCUUGGUCAAGUUUUGAGGUUUAAAGUACACAAACAGCAUGUUAGUAUUUAAAUUUGGCAAAGACUUAUUGUUAUACAUUACUGUGCAGCUUGUUUAUCCUAACACCUUUGGGAAAUACUAACUUGUUAGGCCAAUGCUCAUUCUGGCUUGCAAGUGCUGCAGGUUUUAAUUUGCACAGACCUAGUCAUCUUAAAGAUAUGUUUUUAAAGAUAUUAACAAUGAUCACUGUAAUAAUGAAUGAUUUGCAAGAUAAGUAGACCCAUGCAGUGUUCUUUAAAAUGGAACUCGAAAUGGUACUACUAUCUCCUGUCAAAAUUGUAGAAAAAUAAUUAAGCAUCUUUAAGACCCAGAGAUACAUUUUUAAUCAAAAAUUUAGAAGCCUUAAUACAUCACAUUCAGUAUUCUUUUUCUAGGAUACUAUAGUAGUAAUGCCAUCUUUUUGCCAUGUAAUCCAAUGGCAUUGGUUACAUGCCUUGUAGAACUCUUAUUGCCAUUAACAGGUGAACCUUGCACCCUGAUUUAAAGUUUAAAAAUCAAAUCUUAAAAGUACAUUCACAUUUGCCCUUCUUUUGGGUUUGCACUGUAAUCUUUUUGUUCAGCCAUUGCCUCUGUAAUACUUGUGUAAAAGAUGAUCUGAAAAGAAUUUUAAUGUUUUUAAGAAUAUCUGUGACUAUCCUAUCAGCCAGCAUUGUGAGCAGUUUCCAAGUAACAGCACAUUAUAAGGGUUUGAGGAAAUUUUGUAUAGGCUUUUUUUUUGAACAUUUUAUCUGUUGUAUUGCCACAUUUUGUUUUUAAAUUGAGAUCUGUUUAGCGCUCUACUGCAGUUCUGUCUUGAAGGUUGCGUUUGUAGAUCUGAUGUUAUUUUCCAUUGACUACAAUGCAAUGAUUGUAAUAUGUGAAUAUAACGCAUUUCAAAAUAAACCUCCAUUCUGUGAUU